GCGUAACGUACUGAUAGACAAAAGAGUUGCCAACUUGUUGACCUCAAAAACAGGGGUCGCAUCCGUCGAAAAACAAAAUUCCAUUUUUGUUAUGUUAUCAGGUUCUGGGCCUGGAGAUUUUGUUGGGCCUAUUAACCUCUAAUGAUGAUGGAAACAGAGCCUGAUUCAACUCUUGAAGUGAACACCUUAAAAUAUGUGAAGAAGGAAAUAGAAGAGACAGAUUUGUUGACACAACCAUGUGAAGAACAAGGCUUUAAAGUGUCAAUGAUAAAAAUUGAGAAGAUAGAUGAAGAUGAAUCAGACUUGAAUACACAACAAACAGGAAACUAUUACUAUGAAAAAUCUUCUACUGUAAACCUUGGGCAUCAGGAAAAUGCUAUAAAGAAAGAGAUAGAAAUGACUAAUGUCACAGAUAGUAAUAGAGUACAGUCCUUGCCUUCAGGACAACUAGCUGUGUCAGUGAAGGUGGAGGUCAUUAACGAAGAAAAUGAAAUGACUUCAGAAAUAAAUGUACUCACUGAUAAAAUGCAGGAUGGAAUGGAUGAAGACUAUUCAAAAGAAAUUAAUUUAGGUAAAAAGAUAUGUGAUGAAAUUGUAAGAAAGUCUCUCACAGGAUUUCCUGAACCUAAUCAUCUACACCAGCUGAUCUAUACUGGUCCAAAAACAUUUCAAUGUCAAAUUUGUCUUAAGGUAUUUUCUGAUCCUGCUCAGAAGAAAAAACAACGGAAGAUUAAUACUGAAAAAAAAAAAGUGAAAUGUCAAAUUUGUCUUAAAGAAUUUUCUAAAGCUUCUAAUUUGAAAGCUCACCUAGUGAUUCAUACAGGUGAAAGACCAUUUAAAUGUCAAUUUUGUGAAAGAGGAUUCACCCAAGCUUCAAUAUUAAGAAAUCAUGAAGCUAUUCAUACUGGUGAUAAACCAUUUAAAUGUCAAAUAUGUCCAAGAGAAUUUUAUAGAUCUACAGAUUACAAAGCUCACCUAUUGAUUCAUACUGGUGAAAAACCACAUAAGUGUCAAAUAUGUCAAAGAGGAUUCACUCAGGCUUCACACUUAAGAUCUCAUCAAAAGGUUCACACUAGUGAUAAGCCUUUUAAAUGUCACAUAUGUCAAAGAGGAUUUUCUAAGUCUUCACGAUUAAAAGUUCACCAAGCUGUUCAUACUGGUGAAAAAUCUUUUAAAUGUCAUAUAUGUCAAAGAGAAUUUCAUCGUUCUUCAAAUUUCAAAGCUCACCUUUUGAUUCAUGCUGAUGAAAAACCUCAUAAAUGUCAAAUUUGUCAAAAAGGAUUCACUCAAGCUGCACAAUUAAAAAAUCAUCAACUGGUUCAUACUGGCGAAAAACCAUUUAAAUGUCAAAUAUGUCAAAAAGGAUUCACUCAAGCUGCACUUUUAAGAUCUCAUCAAAUGGUUCACACUGAUGAUAAACCAUUUAAAUGUGAAAUAUGUCUAAAAGGAUUUUCUCACUCUUCACAAUUAAAAGCUCACCAAGCUGUUCAUUCUACUGAAAAAACUUGUAAUUAAAUAUAAUAUAUACCAUAAAUGAAUUUUUAUUAUUUACACUAUCUUCAUAUUUAAAAAAAAACACCAGCUUAUUCAUACUGGUAAAAAAAACAUUUCAGCGCAAAAAGAUUUUCCCCAAACCUAUAUUUAAAAAUAUACCAUUUGGUUCAUACUGGUGAAACACUGUAUGUUACAUAUGUCUGAAAGAAUUUUUUCAUCUUUCAUAUUUAAAAAACAACAACAAAAAACAUAGCUUAAUUAAUACUAGUACAAAAAAAGUUAAUCUCGUUAGUUCAUACUAGUGUAAAUUUGUUAACACCAAAUUUGUUUAGAAGAGUUUUCUUUACAUAAUGAAAACUCCCCUAGCAGUUUACACUGGUGAAGAAACAAAAAUAUCAAUGUAUCAAAAAGUACCAAAUUACAUACUGAUGAAGAACUGUUGAAUGUUCAUAAUGGGUUUACUAUAUCCUUUCAUUUUUAAUAGACUUAGUUCCUAUUAAAAAAACAAACUAUUGAAAAGUAUUUUGUCAAACUACAUCUUUGAAAAAAAAGGUCAAAAAAAAAUUAUUUUUUUUUCAUUUUAUCCUCUCUUUAUUGUUGUGUACUUGAUUACACUGACUUGACUGCACUGACUUGAUUACACUGACUUGACUACAUUGACUUGACUACACUGACUUGACUGCACUGACUUGACUACAUUGACUUGACUACACUGACUUGACUACACUGACUUGACUGCACUGACUUGACUACACUGACGUGACUGCACUAACUUGACUACACUGACUUGAUUACACUGACUUGACUACACUGACGUGAUUACACUGAUUUGACUACACUGACGUGACUGCACUAACUUGACUACACUGACUUGAUUACACUGACUUGUCUGCACUAACUUGACUGCACUGACUUGAUUACACUGACUUGACUACAUUGACUUGACUACACUGACUUGACUACACUGACGUGACUGCACUAACUUGACUACACUGACUUGACAAUACUAGUAAAAAAAACAAUCAAGUUUAUUUUCUCACAUCUCUGCAGCUGAAAGUAGAUGCUAUAGAGUUUCCUUAAUAUCCACUACUGGUAAAUGUUUUUACAUUUUUGGCCAAUUAUGCAUCGUAAAAUGGAAGUGUAAAGAAAUUCCAUUUACCUUCUCAGCAGAUUUGACGUUGGCAAACUUUGAAAUAGUGGGUUCUGACUAAAUUUUUAAACAAACUUGUUUUUUUUCAAUGAACAUACUGCAAAGUUUGAUUCUUUCUUUUCAUGAGCAGGAAAAACAAAGAUUUUUUAAAAAAUUUUGUUUGAUUUUUUUUUUCCUAUGAUAAACUCCUUGAAAUAAAGAGUUUUAAUGUACAGUUGAUGGAAGACUUAUUAGCCUAGCAAAGAAUGACAUGACAUUUAAUCUUUAAAUCUAAACUAUCAACAGCUGUCUUUACUUAGAUAAUGAGGGGACAUUAAAAGAAUCAGAAAUAUUUCUGCAGCCAUAAAAACACAUUCUGAACAAUGCAUUAAAAAUGCUAGAUUGAC